AUGGCUCCAAUUGAUCCCAGCAACCCUACCUUUGGGUUUGACCAGCCUACUUUCGACUCCCAGGCCUUUCUCAAUGGCAUUGGUCUCGGCACCGACACCCCUUUCAAUGCUUCCAAUGGCUUCAACCACCAUGAAAUACCCCCUGAGCUCCUCAAAACCUUUGACGAGUGCCUUGCCAGCCUUCCUGUCAAUGGACUCGACGAGGAGUUUAGUUUUGACCAGCUGAUUUCAACCACACCUACCAACUACUCUGCCCAGCCAGUGACCCACAAUCUCCCCGCGCAUGCACCAUACAGCCAGGUACCCUAUGACCCCUCAAUUGGGAUUCCAUACACCCCAGAGGACACUGAUGCCGACAAGGUCCGAAAGUGGGAAAACCUCAUCGCCCACGCCAAUUUGGCCAAUGCUGGCGUGCAACCCUCUACUCCUCAGUCCAUUCAAGAAGAGGCUGUCGGGCAAACCCCGCAGUCUAUGGACUCGCCCAAUUCUCUGUUUGAAUCUCCUGGUUCAUUGUCUACUAAGACCUCGUCUGCUGGGGCCUCGUCUGUUGGGAUCGUUGCGACUCGUCGCGCCACUCCGCCGACUCCGUCCCCAUGCCACGCUCCUAUGGCUACAAUGGCACCUUCGAACGCCGCCAUUCCGUCGACUCCGUCCGCUUUCCAGGCUCCUAUGGCUACAAUGGCACCUUCGAACGCCGCCAUUCCGUCGACUCCGUCCGCUUUCCAGACUCCUAUAGCUACAAUGGCACCUUCGAACGCCGCCGUUCCGUCGACUCCGUCCGCUUUCCAGGCUCCUGUGGCUACAAUUGCACCUUCGAACGCCGCCGUUCCGUCGGCUCCGUCCCCUUUCCACGCUCCUGUGGCUACAAUUGCACCUUCGAACGCCGCCGUUCCGUCGGCUCCGUCCCCUUUCCACGCUCCUGUGGCUACAAUUGCACCUUCGAACGCCGCCGUUCAGUCGACUCCGUCCGCUUUCCAGGCUCCUGUGGCUACAAUUGCACCUUCGAACGCCGCCGUUCCGUCGGCUCCGUCCGCUUUCCAGGCUCCUGUGGCUACAAUUGCACCUUCGAACGCCGCCACAAAUGUCACUGCAAAGGCCAUUCCUCGCACCGUGAACCUUCCGCGAGCGUUGGCCAACCCGAAGGGCUAUGCCCAACAUGUUUCUCCAUUCCCUCCGAUUGCGACAGUUAAUCCUCUUCCUGACUCUGUAUCACAUUCCCGGGAGCUAGAGAAGGCACGAUCACGCAUUCAAAGUCUCGUAAAAGAACGCGACCUCUACCACCGCAGUUUAAAAAAGGCAACUACCAUCGACCCUAAGACAGGAAAGACGACCAUCCAAACUCUAGAAGCACAGAACAUGAGUCUGCGCCGCACUAACGCCAAGCAAGCUCGGGACCUGCAGAAGCUUAAGGAAUCGGCCCAGCAGCAAAGGGAUGAGUUCGCUGCUCUUGGGAAUAAGUACAAUGUGCUAAUGAUGGAUCUGCAUAAAACCAAGAUCGAGCUUCGCGAGCUGAAGGGCCAGUAA